UAUUCUUUAUAGAUACAAACAAUCAAUCAUGGACCAAUUAAACGUUAAGGAACAACAAGAGUUUCAACAAAUUGUUGAACAAAAGCAAAUGAAGGAUUUCAUGAGAUUAUACUCCAACUUGGUCUCUAAGUGUUUCGAAGAUUGUGUUAACGACUUCACUUCUGCCAACUUGACCACCAAGGAAACUUCUUGUAUUACCAAGUGUUCUGAAAAGUUCUUGAAGCAUUCUGAAAGAGUUGGACAAAGAUUCCAAGAGCAAAACGCUUUGUUGAUGCAAAACAUGCAAAAACGUUAAUGAUGUCUUAUUUUAUUUAAGGGUAGGAGUUGAUUCCGGAAUGAAUAUUGUUUGGUAAUUUUGAUGAAGGAACGGACAUAUAAAUUCAAAAUGAAAAAAAAAAAUUAUUAUUAUUGUUUGAACGUAUCCCAAAUAAUUGUAAUUUUAUUGGAGAUAUGUUUCUACAUUCUACCCC